AUGGGAAACAAGGUCUCGGCCGUGCACGGCGUCAAGUCGGAUCACUUCUACGAUCAGGGCAACGCUGUGAAUGAAAUUUGGGUUGGAGACGUUGAGGUGAUCUCGCGUUUGCCCUUCGGUGACUCCGACCUCGAGCAAGCCGGCUGGCCCCCGGGAGACUUCCCAAAGAUCCCCUGGCAUCAUUUUAUCAUUCCCAUGCGAAAGCGAGACGAAGCCAACAACAUGACAGCCCGUGUUCCCUCUUGGGCUGAUGGGCCUUGCCAUGACUCGCUACCAAAGCAUGGGUACCUGGGCAUGUACACGCGCAUCUCCUCAUCUGCAGCGUAUGUUAUCGGGAUCUUGUUCCUUACCCUCGCUUCCUGCACGUACUUGUGUUUUAUCGUCAGGGUGAGCAGUGCUUUUCACAACUGGCGAGAUCUGCGGGAGGCAUCACAUUUCUACCCGGACCCGGCUGCGGUCAGGCGUGCGGCUAAGCAUAUCCUUUGGACUGACCUCGGCAAAGCAUUCAUUGUGGUUGCUUUCUCUAUUCUCUGCUUGGUGCUGGGCGUGCCUGCUCUCGCUGCUGGCACAAGGACAAUGAAUGCUGCCACAUUCGUUUUGAUGAAUGCAGUUCCAGCUGGUAUUGUUGCUAUCAUCGGCGUGGUCGGAGUCCCUUUAUUCUCGAUGUGGUGCACGAUAAAGCCGUGUCCUGUGAUGACCAUCCGUUCGAGGAGAGCUGAAGAUUCCAAUCCAGUUUCGUGA